GGUCCUCCCUGGACUUAGAGCUUAGCGCGGUCAGAGCUGAAGGUUCCCGCCGGAGCUCACUUCGGUCUCCGUCCGAGCUUCGCCGCCGCCGGGGCAGAAGAAUGGGCGCCCACAACUCCAACCUGGACGACAUCCUGGAGGAGGACAUGCACCACUGGUACACCAAGUUCAUGAGGGAGUCUCCGUCGGGGCUCAUCACGCUGUUCGAGCUGAAGGCCAUGCUGGAGAUGAACGGCAUGACGGAGGAGGCCAGCAGCUACGUGGACCAGGUCUUCUACACCUUCGACAUGGACGGGGACGGCUACAUCGACUUCGUGGAGUACAUCGCCGCCAUCAGCCUGCUGCUGAAGGGCGAGAUCAACCAGAAGCUCAAGUGGUACUUCAAGCUCUUCGACCAGGACGGCAACGGCAAGAUCGACAAGGAGGAGCUGGAGACCAUCUUCAAGGCCAUCCAGGACAUCACACGCAGCUACGACAUCCCGCCGGAGGAGAUCGUCACGCUCAUCUACGAGAAGAUCGACGUCAACGGAGAAGGCGAGCUGACCCUGGAGGAGUUCAUCAGCGGGGCCCGGGAGCACCCCGACAUCAUGGACAUGCUCACCAAGAUGAUGGACCUGACGCACGUGCUGGAGAUCAUUCUGCUGGGACAGAAGAAGAAAGUCAACUGAGCAGAGAUGGAGCCAGUCGUCUGCCGGCUCAAAGCCUUACAGCCAGAGGAAGGUCUCGCAGCUGGGACCCGCCUCCUCCCGGAGCCGCUGCCGAGUCAGCGAAAAGACAAACCUUCCCUUCCUCCUACGUUUUCCCGACCACGUACCCCACUUCCCCGAGAAGCCACGCCCACCGCCGCUGCAAACCAGUCCCAGUCACACACGACUCAACCGCAUCUUCAAGACUUCAAAGGAAAAAAAAGAAACCUAGUCAUCAGUGCUGUGAUUUUAAUGUUCCUCAUGAGAAGCAUGUGUUUUGGUGGCCAGCUCUGGAGGUCGGUGAAGAUCUGACCGGAGCAACACGCAAGACUCGAAUGACCUGGAGACAGUGUUUGGAAGCUGUGCGAGGGUGACGCGGGAGGUCAAGGACGUUUCAAGGGCAGGGCCUGUCGGAUCAAGACCCAGAGCCAGGUCUGCAUGGGGCGCUCCGAGGACUGUGCCUGGACCCCAGCGAGUCUCGGUCCCCGCCCUCACUGGACCGAGACGUGCGCUGUGUCGUGGCAACACCAGCUCCAACCGAGAUCUGCAGCCCUGUGUGGCCACGGCCGUCGUUGGUAUUGACCAGAUGGUUUGUCAAAUGAAAGCUAUUUUUACAAAACUUGAUUUCCCCCCAUAAAUAACUGAACACAUCCA